CAACUCGCACGUCAAGUCGUCGUUUGUGUGUCGCAUGUGUUUUUUCUAUUUUGUCGAGUGUGAAGUGUCCAUCGUGUCGCAGAUGUGCUUGGAUUGUACAUCAGAUCGAGCGCAUUCCAACGAGCCAAGAAUUGUUGGAAUCGGAGCACAUAUGAAGAAGUUACGAAGAAAUGUUUGAUGGAUUUGUUACAACUCAUUGGAAGUCCUUGGCAGCUGCUACACCAAAGUUGGAGAGCCCUAAAACGAGGAGGGACCAGCAUGUGUGGGACUUUUGUCCCCACCUUGCAGCUGCAGCACUUGGGGUUUGGAGACCAACCUGGCACAGUGUGAAUUUUGUCUUGCCAGGCUGGCUGAACCUGAUGAUGGGGAGUCAAGACUUUGACUCUUGUCAUGUUCUUGACCAAGGGCCUCCAGGGUCCUUCCCUUUCAUCCUUCCCUUCCCACCCCACCUUCCAACUAUGCUUCAAUGCCUUUUCCAUCAUGUCCCUGAACUUGUAAGCUUCUAUCAUAGUGACUCUGAGGAUUGUCAACUUCUCCUAGGGCAGAUUACCCCCCAAUGCGCCAAACGCCAUAGCUCACUCGAUAAGCUACGGAAUUGAGUGAUUCAACUUUCAGUGGAAAGCUGACGCUGCAAGCUACAACAUAUCCGAUUUUCAGAUCGUUUCAUCGAUUGGAUUUUCGGAUAUAGUUUUUCGAAGGUCGCGAGUUUUCUGGGCGUCAUAACGAAGUGCUGCAGAAAUUUCCAAGGAGCCAUUGAAUCAUCUGCUUAUAGCCUUCACUAACCAACAAGUGGUAUCAGAGCCCAUUAUCACGCAUUUGGGACCUAAAUUACGAUGGGAGAUAAGGAGGACUCUGGUGGAGGUGAUACUUCAGUCCAAGGAGGCAGCUCAACCCAAGAUUCUGGCAUUGCAGCGCAAAGGGGAGCGCGUACAAGCCAGGGGUCACUGCUUAAGGAGGUGCUGAAGAACUUCACCAUUGAGAAGUUCUCUGGAGAUGGCUAUGAUGAUUGGGCAUGGAAGAUGCAGCUCUAGUUUCGACAAAGUGGCCUCUUGAAGCUCAUGAUUGGAACGGAGCCUAGGCCAAAGGAAAUGGCAGAGCAAGCGGACUGGGAUGAACGUUCAUCUGCUGGGUAUUAUCUACUGUCACAAAGCUUGGAGCUGAACCAGAGGCAUCACAUCAUGCAUCUGCUACCGGAAACUGAUUGUGAGCCCAAGGCAUGGGCAGUGCUCAAGGACCUGCACGCUUCGACAUCGGUUGCCGCUUCUCUCAUGCUGGAUCGGGAGCAAUCCAUGCUGCGGUUGAGCGAGAAUGCACCUGUGCAGCCCGUUCUGGACAAGAUGAGGGAACUCUACGCGAAAUUGGCGGUUGCGGGCAUCACGUACCCUGAGCAGACUAAGUGUCUCAAGAUGCUCAGCCUGCUGCCCGAGUCUUGGCUGCAAUUUAUGAGCGGACUCAGCUUGCCACAAAACCAAAGUCAAUGGACAUUGGAAUGGAUUCGCACCAAGAUUCUGGAAGAAGAUUUUCGUCGCUACACACUGCGCGGAGGUGAUGACAGUACCAGCGGCUAUGCCAUGCAAGAGACAUGGAGGGAUCGAGGGCGUGGCAAUCGCGGUCGCUCCUACUAUAACCAAGGUGGUCGCGGGACUUGGAACCAGCGGGGGCGUGGUGGCGCUGGUGCAAGAGGAAGAGGUGGUCACUCCAACAAUGACAACAGUGAACCACGCUUGAGGGGAGAGUGCUGGUAUUGCAAGGAAGAAGGGCAUCCAUGGUUUCGCUGCUCUACCAAGCCCGACUGGUGGACCCCUUGGAACGAAUCGCAAAAGGGGAAUGAAGGAAAGCAACCACAUGGAGGUGCCAACAUGGUAGCUGAUCCUGCUAAAGAAACCUCCAAGGAUGACAGAGGAAUGGGAAAUGCGGAGAGGAAUGCUGGACAGUUCUACCAUGUGUGUGACAAAGAUGACAGUGGCACAGCUGUUGCAAGGGCUGGAGAGGAAUUGCACCCGCUUGACAUGUGGGUCAUGGACUCUGGUGCUGCAUGGACAAUGACACCACGCAAGGAUUUGCUGGAUGCUGUGCGAGCGCCUCCAAUCUCUGAAGUGCGCUCAGCAUCCGGACAUGCAGUGAAGGUCGCUGGAGUUGGUCGAGCUGCAUUCAGAGCACCUGAUGGUGGACUGGUUGUGCUGAAGGAUGUGUUACUCGUACUGGGGCUGAAGGCCAAUCUGAUAUCGCUGCGCAAGCUAGGCCAGGCCGGAGUCAACACCACCACCAAUGGAUCCAAAACAUUCAAGGGGUUGCGAGGAGAUCGUGUGUUAUGGGAUUUACACGAAAGCAGGGAUGUCUUCAGAUCCAUGUGGCAGAUCCCUGCGCUGAUAUGGGAAUCAACAAAGAAGGAGCUGGGAGUAGUAAAGGCGGGAUCUGGAGUCCAGGGGGAGUGCAAUGCAGUAAGUGCUGCAGGAGUUAUGGUUUCUACAAGGUCGGGGGAGACUGAUUGGGAAACCGCACAUAGGCGUCUAGGGCAUGUGGCUAUGCCAUUGCUGCAGCAACUGCAUAAGGAAGAAGCAGUAAAGGGGCUGAAGCUUUCUGGGCAACCAAAUGAUACCAAGUGCGAGACGUGUCUGCUGAGCAAGUUCACACGGUUCCCCUUUCACGGCGUAGCUGGGAAAAGCAAGGCAGCACUGGAACUGGUGCACAUGGACCUGGUAGGACCUUUUCCAGUUCAAGGAAGAAAGGGGGAAAUAUACUUCCUAACAAUAGUUGAUGACUGGAGCCGGCUGAUGUGGGCAUACCCAUUGAAGCAGAAGGAUCAUGCUGCCUCAACAAUACGAGAUGACUGGCUGCCGCUCGUCGAGCGACAAUCUGGGCACCCAUGCAAGAGCAUCAGAACCGACCGAGAUGGAGAGUUUCUAGGAGGAGAUCUGACUGCGUGGCUCAAGAAACAAGGCAUUGAGCAUCAGUUAACGACGUCCUAUACCCCUCAGUCAAAUGGCGUUGCUGAGAGGGCUAAUAGGACCAUCCUGGAAACUGCGCGAGCGCUGCUGAUCGAAUCAGGGCUGGGGAACUCCAUGUGGCCUCAUGCGGUGAGGCAUGCUACAGUGGCAAGGAACCGCAUACUCACAAAGGUAGCUGAUGAUAUGUGGGUGCCGCUGGAGAGGUGGCUUGGAAAGAAGCCUCCAGUGGACAUGCUGAGAGUGUUCGGAUGCAUGGCAGUGGCGCAUGUCCCUAAACCGUACAGGACAAAGCUUGGAGCAUCUGCACUGUGGUGUGUGCACCUUGGGCUUGCGGCAGAGAGCAAGGGGUGGCUACUCUGGGAGCCCUCAAAGAAUGUGCUGUUUGACAGUCGGGAUGUCAAAUUUGUGGAGAACAUCAUGUAUGGCAAGUGGGAGAAGCAGCCGGAGGCAAGGGUCACCCAGCAGCUGGAAGAGAUCACUAUGCGCUUCGAUUUGUCCGAACCUGAGGACAGCGAAGUUACUGCGCCAACGGCAAGCGGUACUGAUGAAGGAAGCAAUGAGGAUAUUGCAGCUGAUGCUGAAGUCAAGGAUCCGGAGCAGCAGCAGCAAGAGGCUUCCAAAACACCAAGUCUGCCAAAGCGAAGGAAACAGAUUGGUGGGGGGACAAAGGAUUGGGUGAAGGUGAAAGAAUGGGUAAAUCCAACCAUCUACCCUGCACGUACCAGAAUGGCAACAAGAAAGCUGCUGAGCUCUACAAGUGAAGGAGCCACAACUGAGCAGCAGGAACAAGCUCAAGGCGAAGAUACAGUGCUGUUCUUGGGUGAUGACCAAGAGUCAGAUGACGAGGAGCCUGCAUACUACUUUUACGCACCAAUACAACCUCCGAGCAUGGAUCAUGCGCUAGCCGGGCAUCAACGGGGGAAAUGGCUCGUUUCAAGAGAUGCAGAGUACAACAGCCAGAUGGAGAACCACACAUGGGACCUGGUGUACUUGCCAAAUGGGAAGAAGGCAAUACAGUGCAAGUGGCUGGCAAAAAUCAAGACGGAUGAGAAAGGAGAGCCAUCAGUUUACAAGAGCAGGCUGGUGGCAAAGGGGUUUCAACAGAAAGAGAAGGAAGAUUACAAAGAAGUGUUUGCCCCAACUGCUAAGUCUCCAACGCUACGUGUGCUGCUGGCGGUAGCUGCUGUGCGCAAAUGGAAGGCGAAGCAGAUGGACAUCGUAACCGCUUUUCUGUACGGCAUUGUGGAAGAGGAGGUGUACAUGGUUCAACCACCUGGCUAUGAGGAUGAAACCAGUCGUGUCUGCAAACUUAACAAGGCCAUCUAUGGCUUGAAGCAGGCCCCGAGAUGCUGGUACAACAGGCAGGCCAGUGCACUGGAAGGGAUUGGAUUCCGUGCGAGUGCAUGCGACGAGAGCCUAUUCCUGAUGAGCGAGGGGGAGUCGCUUGUGCUUCUGCUGGUGUACGUGGAUGACAUCCUGCUCUUCAGCAGCAGUGACAAGGAGAUCGAUGGGGUGCAGCGGAAGCUCACAGAGCAGUUCAAGUGCAAGUCACUUGGAGAGGCAAGGUACUACCUGGGAAUGCACAUUGAGCGGGAUACUGAACGUGGCUGGCUCAAACUGCAUCAGGGACAGUACAUCAACACCUUGGCUGAGAAGUACUCUCUGCAGGAAGAACGGGAAGUGGUCACACCUUUGCCUUCCGAGUUCAAACUCAUAAAGGCAGCUGAAGGAGAAGGAGUUGAGAGUGAAGACCAGAGGCAAUUCCAAUCCAUGGUCGGGAGCCUACUCUACGCUGCUGUGCAUACUCGGCCUGACAUCAGCUUUGCUGUGGGACAGCUGGCUCGAGUAGUGCAAAAUCCAACAGAAGAGCAGUGUGGUGCAGCAGAGAGAGUGGUGCGCUACCUCAAGUCAUACCCUACAGUGGGAGUACAGUAUUUAGCCUCUGCUCAACUCAGGCAAAAGGGAGUUGAAGUUCUCAAAGAGAAGGGGGAGCAGCUCGGAGAAGGAAAGGUGUUCCUUUCCUGCUUUGCUCAUGCCACAUGGUCUUCUGAGCAUGAGGAUUCAUCAUCAGUAGGUGGAUACAUCUGCAUGGUGGGAGGUGGGCCUGUAAGUUGGAGGUCCAAAAAGCAGUCUGAGACAGCACUAUCGUCAGUGGAAUCUGAGUACAUGGCGAUGUUUCAUGCAGCAAAAGAAAUCAUUUGGCUAAGGAGGCUCUUGAAGGAGAUCGGCCAUGAACAGACUUGUGCGACACCUCUGUUCAGUGACACCAAGGGAGCCAUUGCCAUGGCACACAAUGCAGUUCUUCAUGGGUUGAACAAGCACAUGAGGAUCAAGUGGCAUUGGCUGCGGAAGGAGGUGAAGCUUGGGACACUAGAUCCGAUCUUCGUGAAAACUCAGCAACAGCCAGCCGACUUCCUUACCAAGCGGCUAGCUUAAGAGCCACACUGGCGCUGUGCGAGAAUGGCGGGAAUGUCCUUGAACUAGAGAUGGCGAAACAAGCCGACAGUCUGAGGGGGAGUGUGUUGGUGCAUAUUCGUUUGCACGUCAUCCUGUCGUCUGUUCGCAUCAUUUCGUUGCAUGUGUUUUGUGUGCUACGUUGUUUGUGUGGUUUGUUGGGUCUGCAUGUCUUUGCAUAUUCAUCUUGUGCUUGUGCAGAUGUGCUUGGAUUGUACAUCAGAUCGAGCGCAUUCCAACGAGCCAAGAAUUGUUGGAAUCGGAGCACAUAUGAAGAAGUUACGAAGAAAUGUUUGAUGGAUUUGUUACAACUCAUUGGAAGUCCUUGGCAGCUGCUACACCAAAGUUGGAGAGCCCUAUAACGAGGAGGGACCAGCAUGUGUGGGACUUUUGUCCCCACCUUGCAGCUGCAGCACUUGGGGUUUGGAGACCAACCUGGCACAGUGUGAAUUUUGUCUUGCCAAGCUGGCUGAACCUGAUGAUGGGGAGUCAAGACUUUGACUCUUGUCAUGUUCUUGACCAAGGGCCUCCAGGGUCCUUCCCUUUCAUCCUUCCCUUCCCACCCCACCUUCCAACUAUGCUUCAAUGCCUUUUCCAUCAUGCCUCUGAACUUGUAAGCUUCAAUUAUAGUGA